GGGCAGCGCCAAGCCGCGCCUGCAGCGGGUAUAUAACUGCCGGCCGGACAGUGCAUCGCCAGUUCUCAGCUCUACACAGCAAGAAACUCAUCGACAUGGCCUGCAAGCUGAUCGUCCUCGCCGCCUUCGUGGCCGUCGCCCGUGCUGGCUACCUGGGCGCCCCCGCCGUGGUCGCCCCCGGCCCAGCCAUCGCCGCCCGCGCUUACGCCGCCCCCGUGGCCUAUGCCGCCCCCGCACUCCACGCUGCUCCCGUGGCGUACGCCGCCCCCGCGCUGCGCGCCGCCCCCUUGGCCGUCGCCCCCGCCGUGAGAGCCGCCCCCGUUGCAGUCGCCGCUCCCGCCGCAGUCGCCGCCGAGUACGACCCCAACCCCCAGUACAGCUACGCUUACAGCGUGCAGGACGCCCUCACCGGUGACUCCAAGAACCAGCAGGAGAGCCGCAGCGGUGACGUCGUCCAGGGCAGAUACAGCCUGGUCGAGCCCGACGGUUCCGUCCGCACCGUCGACUACACCGCUGACCCCGUCAACGGCUUCAACGCCGUCGUGCACAGGGAGGCCGGUGCCCACCCCGCCCCCGUCGUCGCCAAGGUGGCCGCCCCCGUCGCCUACGCCGCCCCCGCCGUCGCUAAGAUCGCCGCCCCUGUGGCCUACGCCGCCCCGGCCAUUGCUAAGUACGCUGCUCCCCUUGCCUAUGGCAAGGCCAUCCUGGGCUAAGCUGUUUAAAUAGGAUAUAUUUAUUGUGUGUGAAUGCGUUUUGUAUGAUAUGAUA